GCACUCGAUUAUCCUAGGAGUCGUUGUACUCGAAGAACGUUGGCCUCUCCAAUCUUUUUCGUUAUGCUGGCCUCUCUUUUGCUGAGCUCUUUUGCGCCUAUCUCCGUCAAGCAGCAACAAUCUCCAUUCUCUCUUCUGUAUCACAAUUCCAGCAGCAGUAAAUGGGAGGCGACCAAGAACGUUCUCGGCAGACGUCAGCUAUUUUCUCGCAGAGUUGCAGUGCUGGAGACACCAUAUUCAGAAGAACCAAAUACGAACCUCGUUUGCCGACCGAAACGGGUUGUUCAUUGUUCCUUUAAGCAGUGUAGUGAUAACUAUGAUGCUGAUUAUGAUGCGAAUGUCGACGUUGAUUUUGUUGCUUCGUUGCUUAGCUCCUGUUCUACCUAUAGAGAGUGUCGACGUAUUCACUCUUUCGUUGAGAAGGGAUUCGGGAAGUCCGUUUUGUUCAUAUGGAACAAUUUGAUUUCCUUAUAUGUAAAUUUUGGCAAACUGUGGGAGGCCCAAAAAGUGUUUGAUGGAAUGUCCGCAAGAAAUGUUGUUUCCUGGACUGCGCUCAUUGGUGGGUAUACAAAAAUUGGCCGACUGCAGGACGCAUUUCGGCUUUUUAAUGAGAUGUUGGUGAAUGGAAUUCGUCCGAACGGUGCCACUUUUGUUUAUGUGCUAAAUGCUUGUGCUAGGUGCUCAGCUUUUGAACUUGGCAGUCAGGUUCAUGCUUGUGUUGUGAAAGGCAAUUGGAGUAAUGUGAUUGUUGAAAGCGCGUUGGUCUACUUUUAUGCGCAGAGUGGCAAUCUAGCAGGAGCGGUUUCUGUGUACGAUAGGAUGUCUAAGCGUGACGUUGUCUGUUGGACUACAAUGAUUGUUGCGUAUGCACAAAGUGGGGAUGGUGAUAAGGCUAUGGAAAUGUUUAAUGACAUUCUGUCCUCUGGUUUAAGACCAAAUGAAUUUACUGUUUGUAGCAUUUUGAAGGUUUGUGGUGAUAUGAAGGCCUUGGAUUGUGGUAGGCAACUUCAUGCUGCUGUGGUCAAGGGAAUGUUUAAAUAUGAUGUUUACGUGGGCAGUUCAUUAGUGUCUAUGUAUGUAAAAUGUGGUCAAGUGACAGAUGCUAGAGUGAUAUUCGAUGGCAUGCCAAAGAGGAACACCGUUACAUGGACUUCUAUGAUUGCUGGAUAUGCUCAAAAUGGGCUUGGAAUUGAGGCCAUAAGCUUGUUCAGGAGUAUGAAAAGCCGCCGGAUAAUUGCCAACAGUUUGACCAUUGUUAGCCUUCUUAGUGCUUGUGGGGCAGUUGGGUUGCUGCACCAGGGAAAGGAAGUUCAUGCACAAAUCCUAAAGAAUACAAUGCAUAGCAACAUAUACGUGUGCAGCACACUUAUUUGGUUUUACAGCAGAUGUGGUGAAUAUGUUUACGGUUCAAGGGUGCUUGAGCUCAUGCCUUCCCGGGAUGUAAUCUCAUGGACUGCAUUAAUCUCUGGAUGCAGCCGUCUAGGCUAUGGAUCUGAAGCUCUAAAAUAUUUGAAUGAUAUGUUAUGGGAAGGUGUAGAGCCAAAUCAAUUUACUUAUUCAACUGCACUCAAAGCAUGCACAAAGAUAGAAGCUCUGAGGAAAGGAAAAUGGAUCCAUGCAUCAGCGAACAAGAAUGGAUCUCUGUUAAAUGUGUUUGUGGGCAGUGCCCUUAUUGACAUGUAUGCCAAAUGUGGUUGCGUGAAUGAUGCGUAUCAAGUCUUUGACAAAUUGCCCAAGAAAAACGUUGUAUCUUGGAAUGCUCUUAUUUUGGGAUAUGCAAGAAACGGGCUCUGCAAAGAAGCAUUGAAACUCAUGUACCGAAUGGAAGCAGAAGGUAUGAAAGUAGAUGAGUUUGUCAUCUCAGAGGUUCUAAAUGCAUGUGGGGAAGCUCAGUGGGAAAAUGAAUGCAAUAAAUUACAAUGCUUAUCAUAAGGUUUCCAUCUCCACAUUUUCUUUGUCUGCUUACAAAGUAAUUUGAGCAAUAAGUUGCUGAGACAUUUCAUCGCAAGUGCUGAAUGUGGUUCCUAUUUGGUCCUGUCUCAUUUUAUACUCAUUUAUAUUAAAAAAAGUUUAGCCUUACAAAUCCGCUCGUUCAACCGUUGGAGCAUUCCACUUAUAAUGCAGCUAGCAGAAUCUGUCCUGAAGCCAUCAUUAUACUGCUAUAUCUUCUGCAAGUACGGUGUUUACUCCCAAAUAUCCUCUUUUUGUAGUGAUUUCUUCACCAUAACUCGGCAUUUUGGAGGGUGAAGAUCUAAGUUGCUCUGCUUGCAAGACAAAUUCAUUGAUUUGGGAUUUGGAGGAGAAAAUCCUCCCUGUCGCUGCAUCAACUUGGCAUACCCACCCACCAUGCAGAGUACCAGCAUGACGGGGCACUAGACCAAGCCUACACUUAUGGGCUCAAGAUUGAUCUCCCUGAGUUUACAAGUAGAGUGGAUGCAGAGCUCUACUAUAGUUGGGUGUAGCCGGUAAAGAGCUACUUUGAGCUACAUGAUGUGGCAGAGAGGAAGAAUGUGGUGAUUGCAGCUACACGUCUUUGAGUAUUGGCGCAGAUAUGGUGGACAAAGCUGUAGAAGGCACACGAGUGGUAGGGACAGCAGAAUAAUCAUCCUUGGGAGGAGAUGAAGCGGUUGAUGAAUGCCAAAUUUGUUCCUUCUGAUCACACACAACGAGCUUAUCACCAGUACAUUUAUCUGCAUUAGGGUUCUAGCACCGUGCAUGAGAAAAUAAAGGAGUUCCACCAACUCUCUUUUUGGGUUCAGAUCCAUGAGACGCUAGAGCAGCAGAUCACCAGGCUGACCCUUCAAAAGUCCAAGCAAUUGUAGAUUGGCCAACCCAAAAAACAAUAGGGGAAGCUCAAAGUUUUCACGGGUUGGCUACCUUCUACUAUUUCUUUAUUCGAAAUUUUAGUACUAUUAUGGAACCCAUUAUAGAGUGCCUCAAGGGUACUAAGUUUCUUUGGACUUUUGAGGCAGAUCGAGCAUCUAACAUGAUCAAGAGAAAAAUGAACAAGCCCAUAUUGGCACUUCCUGAUUUUUCUCAAGCCCUUGAAGUUGAAUGUGAUGCGUAAAAUGUAGGCAUAGGUGGAGUUUUCAGCCAAAACCAUCGGUUAUUGCUUGCUUUAGUGAGAAGCUAUUGGCAGCUAAGCGCAAUUACUUUACUUAUGGCCUUGAGUUUUGUGUUGUUGUUUAGUCUUUUGGUAUUGGAGAUAUUACUUAAUUUACAAAGAGAUUGUUCUUUAUACUGA